AUGAGUGACCGAGUGCCGAGAGUUGCUAGGAAGAUAGCAGCAGGCUCCGUGUUUUGGGGUGGGUUUUCGUUGAGGGCCAGUGCUCGUGGUGCCCUAGGAGGAGCGCAGGCCGGGACCAGUGCAAGUGGUGUAGUUUUGCCUUCAGACGUGAACAUCGCCAAUGCCGCCAAUGCCAUUGCUACUGCCACCGCAGCUACCGCCGCACCGGUUGCCGAACUAGAAGAGGAACCUGAUGAAAUUCCACCUGAGGAUGUGGCCGCUAGGAGGCCUAGACAGAAGUUGGUACAGCAUUUUCUGAGGUUGAAUCCACUAACGUUCAUGGGAGCAAGAGACCCCAAAGCUGCAGCAUUAUGGAUCCUGGAGUUAGAGAAUGCCUUUGAGUUGCUGUUGUGCACUGAAGCAGAAAAAGUCGUCCUGGCAGCCUAUCAGUUGAGGGGGAUUGCAGCUACAUGGUGGAAGACUAACAAAAGGAUAUUGUUCCCUGAAGGUGUGGUUCCAGAGUGGAAUACUUUUCUUGAAGUUUUCAAUGAGAAGUACUUUUCUGAUUGUGCCAGAGAGGUGAAGAUGGCGGAGUUUCAGCGCCUUCGUCAAGGUACCAUGUCAGUCGAUCAGUAUGAAGCAAAGUUCGAUGAACUGUCGCAGUAUGCCCCUGAGUUGGUCCAGCGACUGUCAAACCGAGCUCGAAGGUUUAGAGAUGGGUUCCGACUGGAGGUGAUGAGCUUGUUGGUACCACUAGAUUUGAAGGAGUACAAUGACCUCUACAAGCGGGCCUAG